AAUUUUCAGAGGAGGUAAUUCCACAAAAACAACAAAAAGAUGUCGUUGGUAAUUCCGGAAAAGUUUCAACAUAUUCACCGUGUGAUGAACACGAAUAUUGAUGGUAACCGUAAGGUUCCAUUCGCGUUAACGGCCAUCAAAGGUGUGGGAAGGCGUUUUGCGUUCGUCGUCUGUCGGAAGGCCGACAUCGACGUGAAUAAGCGUGCCGGUGAGUUAAGCGAAGAGGAUAUGGAGAACCUCACACAAGUAAUGCAAAAUCCGAAACAAUACAAAGUGCCGAAUUGGUUCUUGAACAGACAAAAGGACGUCAAAGAUGGAAAAUAUUCACAGUGUCUGUCCACCACACUCGAUAACAAAUUGCGUGAGGAUUUGGAACGUUUGAAGAAAAUUCGUCUUCAUAGAGGUCUCAGGCAUUACUGGGGUCUCCGUGUGCGUGGUCAACACACCAAGACAACCGGACGUAAAGGACGCACUGUUGGUGUGUCGAAGAAGAAGGGUGGUUAAUAUUAAUAACACCGAUUCUGAUUGUAAUCAGGAUGUGAUCGGGAAUAUUUUCAAUUUGCAAGAUGAUUUGAAGUCAUGUUAUCGUUGUGUGAAUGAUGAUGUUAAUUGUUUUUGGUUGUUGUUAUAUGAAUUUGAAAAUAUAUUCAUUAAUUAUUUUCACCUCGCAAGAGAAAUAAAUAAAUAAUGAUGUUGUUC